AAGACUUCCAUGUAAUUCAUGUUAUUUUGGUAAAAAAUCAUCAAAGAAAAAGUCGAGUGUAUUUUUUGUUCUGAAAAGAUUUUUGCUACUUUUUCGAGUUUGUUUACCAUUUUUCAUCUAUCGAAGUGUCCACAUCGGACUGACAGUUUGGACUAAAAUCCACCGUUUCGUAACCUGCGUAUUAACAAAUAGCUACUUGGAAUCCGAAUCUUUCUCUAUGAACCUUUUCUCAUCUAUUUUCACCAAGUUUGCUGCUCAAAAUAUUUACUUUGCUUAGAACAUUUUAUCAUGUUUUUUGCUGCCAAUCGAUUAGAUCAGUUGAUGAUUCAUCUCAGUUCUAAAUUGUGAUUCAGUUAAAGAAUCAAAGUCAAAGCCUAAAUUUGUGUCGCCAUCUAGAACUGUAUCGAAAUGCUCCGUUAAAUUUCAGUAUCAGUUUAUAUUUUAUAAAAUAUUCCCAGCACAAAAUUGAUGCUCGAUUGAAAAUGUCUCAAUGUAUCAAAUUUCAUUCCUCAUCUCAGUGGAAAUGGUUACUAAAUUGCUACUUAUUUAUACAAUUAGCCAUCUCAGAGAUUGAAUGUAAUGCUCAUGCCAAGAGAUUGUAUGAUGAUCUUAUGAGUAGUUAUAAUCGGAUAAUUACUCCAAGUCUCGAACCAAACGGUACAGUUCGUGUUCGUCUCGGACUGAAAUUAACGCAAAUCAUUGAUCUGAACUUGAAGCAACAAAUACUGACCGCAAACAUGUGGGUUCCUCAGCAAUGGUUUGACCCGAAGUUAGUUUGGGAUCCAGAAAAAUACGGCGGAGUGACCGAGUUAAAUAUUCCCGCUGAACAAAUAUGGCUUCCGGAUCUUGUCUUAUUUAACAAUGCUGAUGGUAAUUUUGAACCGACCCUUAUAACCAAAGCACUAGUUUCUCAUACUGGUAAAGUUGAUUGGGAACCACCAGCUCUUUACAAAACUACCUGUCAAAUUGACGUUGAAUGGUUUCCAUUUGAUGUUCAAUCAUGUCUCAUGAAAUUUGGUUCCUGGACCUAUGAUGGACACGAAGUUGACCUUCGUCAUCUCAAUCAGGUAGAAGGAUCAAUUCAGGUUGAUCGUGGUGUAGAUUUAUCCGAGUUUUAUCAAUCCGUUGAAUGGGAUUUAAUGAAAGUUCCAGCUCGAUAUGAAAAUGAUUAUUAUGAUUGUUGCCCUGAGCCAUUUCCGCACAUAACAUUUAACAUCACCAUGAGACGGAAGCCACUUUUUUAUACAGUUAAUUUGAUUAUUCCGGUUGUGGGUAUAUCAUUUCUUACCCUUCUAGUAUUUUACUUGCCCUCUGAUUCAGGUGAAAAGGUUGCCCUGAGCAUUUCAAUUCUCGUCUCAUUGACAGUGUUUUUCCUCCUUUUGGCUGAAAUUAUUCCACCCACUUCAUUGGCAGUUCCCCUUCUGGGUAAAUAUCUACUAUUUAUCACGAUACUUACCACCCUGUCAAUCUGUUUUACGGUUUGUGUUCUCAAUGUUCACUUUCGAUCACCAUCAACUCACGUCAUGUCUCCUUGGGUUCGAUCUCUUUUCAUUGAUUUUUUACCCAAAAUUUUGUUCAUCAAAAGACCAACAGCUCACGAUUUAGCUAAGGAGCUCGCAGCUGUUUCUGGAACCUCAAGAAUCAUUCAUACCUGUGAAGGUAAUUGUGAUGACCAUGUAACGGAACAAGUGACCCCUGGAAAUCAAUGGUAUGAAAGCUACGAUUGCCUGAGUGAUAUCGCUGGACUACCUGUAAAUACUGAUAAUGUUCAAAUUAUUGGUGGUGAUCAUGAUCAUCAUGGUCUAGGAGAUUCAAGGAUUAACCAUGGAAACUUAUUUAGAUCAAAUUUAUACCAAUCAAAUUGUAAUCAAAUAAACUGGACUUGCAAUAACAAUAACAACCUUAACUAUCACAACAUUAAUGAUAAUAUCAACAGUAAAGGUCAACCUGUAACAUCAUCAUCAUCAUGUAAUUUUGGUGGUUUAUCUGCAUCAUGUGCAUGUAAUUCAGGUUAUUAUUCAGAAGAGCUUCAUAAAGCAAUUGAGAGUAUACUUCAUAUAGCAAAUCAUUUAAAGGAGGAAGAUGAAGAGAAAAAUGUUAUCGAGGAUUGGAAAUAUGUCGCCAUGGUACUGGACAGAAUUUUCUUAUGGGUCUUUUCAAUUGUUUGUAUCAUUGGAACCUGUGUGAUUAUACUGAGAGCACCUUCACUUUACGAUGCCGAAGUACCGAUUGACCAUUUGGCUUUGCAAAUGCAAAGAUCGUCCUAGUUUACGAGUUUGAACCCACGACUCAAUUUAUCCUCACAUGAAUAACCUCAAUUUUUACCUUUAAUUGUUCAAUAAGACGAUCAAAAGUUAUAUAAAUAA